AUGCCGCAAGACCCGCUCCCGCACCCGUCGUUGUCGCCGCACCACCCGGUUCCCGGCGGCCCGCAGCGCACCUCGGCCGUCCCCUUCCCCACCUCGUCCGUCUCGCCCCCUCCCGGCACCGCCGCCGCGACCGCCGCCGCCAACCUGUCGCACGCCCUCCACGGCGGCCCGACCGACCUCGCGACGCCCCCCAAGGUCCAGCCCGGCGCGGGCAAGCUCAAGGGCACCGCCGGCGGGCCGCAGGGCACGCCAAAGGACACGAUCCCGAUGGCGCGCACGCCGCGCAAGCAGCGCAGCUCGCGCGUCCACGUCACCGAGAAGGUCGAGCUCGAGCGGUUACCCGGCUUCCUCGAGGUCCCCGUCAUGGAGCGCCACGACCUGUUCCUCCAAAAGCUGCACCAGUGCUCGCAAGUGUUCGACUUUAACGACGCGAGCGCCGACGUCGCCAACAAGCAGAUCAAGAGCCAGACGCUCGCCGAGAUGCUCGACUGGAUCACGACUCAGCGCGGCGUCGUGACCGAGAGCGUCUACCCCGAGGUCGUCCACAUGUUCGCCUCGAACCUGUUCCGCUCGAUCCCGCCGCCCGUCAACCCGACCGGCGACGCGUUCGACCCCGAGGAGGACGAGCCCGUGCUCGAGCUCGCGUGGCCCCACCUCCAGAUCGUGUACGAGUUCUUCUUGCGGUUCGUCGAGAGCCCCGACUUCAACACCAACAUCGCCAAGCGCUACAUCGACCAGCAGUUUGUCCUCCAGCUCCUCGAGUUGUUCGACAGCGAGGACCCUCGCGAGCGCGACUUUCUCAAGACGACGCUGCACCGCAUCUAUGGCAAGUUCCUCAACCUGCGCGCCUUUAUCCGGCGGUCGAUCAACAACGUGUUCUACAUGUUCAUCUACGAGACGGAGCGCCACAACGGCAUCGCCGAGCUGCUCGAGAUCCUCGGGUCCAUCAUCAACGGGUUCGCGCUCCCGCUCAAGGACGAGCACAAGACGUUCCUCACGCGCGCCCUCAUCCCGCUCCACAAGGUCAAGGGCCUCGCGCUGUACCACCCGCAGCUCGCGUACUGCGUCGUCCAGUUCCUCGAGAAGGACGCGUCCCUGACGCGCGAGGUCGUCGACGGCCUCCUCAAGUACUGGCCCAAGGUCAACUCGCCCAAGGAGGUCAUGUUCCUCAACGAGGUCGAGGAGAUCCUCGACGUCAUCGAGCCGGCCGAGUUCACCAAGGUCAUGGUCAAGCUGUUCCAGCAACUCGCGCGCUGCGUCUCGUCGCAACACUUCCAGGUCGCCGAGCGCGCCCUGUACUACUGGAACAACGAGUACAUCGUCAACCUCAUCGGUGAGAACAUCGACGCCAUCCUGCCCAUCGUCUACCCCUCGCUCCACACCAUCUCGAACGGCCACUGGAACCGGCAAAUCCACAACCUGGCGUACAACGCGCUCAAGCUCCUCAUGGACUUGAACGCCGACGUCUUUGAGCAGUGCUCGGCCGAGUACAAGCGCCAGCGGCAAGGGGAGAAGCAGCGCGAGAAGCAGCGCGAGGACAAGUGGCACGCCCUGCGCGACACGGCGCUGCACAACCGGCGCCAGAGCGGCUCGACAAUCCCGCGCGCGCUCCUCGACGACGACCCGGUCCCGCGCGGCACGUUCGACCCGCUGCGCGACGCGCAGGACCUCGACGACGCGCGGUUCGACGAGAUGGACGAGGAGAUGGGCGUCGGAUUGGCGCAACAGGGCGGCGGCGGCGGCGACGGGCAGGGCGCGUACGGCGGGGCCCAGGCGGGCCCGUCGUCGUCGUCGGGCGGGUUCGGCGGCGCGGCAGCAGGGCUGCCGCACCCCGGUGCAGGAGGAGGGUCGGCGCCGCACGUGCGGAGGAAGAGCGUCAUCCCGAUGGACCCGAGCAUCCUCAAAGAGCUCCAGGGCCACAAGCCGUGCGUCCACCUCUCUCACUCUCUUUCCCUCCACGACCGUCUCCUGACACCCUUGCUCUCUCGCGCAGGCUCGACGACGCGCCCCUCAUCUCGCCCGGCGGCGCGCACCGUGCGCCGGCAAGUCGAGGAGGCCACCUCCCGCCCGGGCAGGGCUAGCUCGUCGCUCCCGCCCUCGUCCGUAUUCGCCCCACGUCCCCUGUCUCUCUCUCUCUCUCUCUCUCUCUCUCUCUCUCUCUCGUCAUGAUACCCCUCGCUCGCGUCGUCGUGCCCACCCCUUCCUCCCCUCCCGACUUUGAGCAGGUCACUCGCUCUCCCUUGUGCACGUCUUUCUCUCCUCUCCUCUUUCGCGACUGUACCUAUAUCGAGCGCGCCGAGUGAAACUAGCAGUCCCUGCACAGCC